AUGUCUAAACCUCUUAUGCCCAAUGUGAAUGAUAAGUUUGAUUCUCUGGAAGCUUUCGAAGAUGCUGCAAGAUUAGCUGCUAAGUAUGAAGGGUUUGCAUUUUCAAGAAAAGAUAGCAACCUUACCGGGUGUAAAGGAAAAUCGCUCUUUGUCGUUUUGCAAUGCACAAAAGGUGGAGAGUGGAAAAAUUGUUGGAAUAUAACAGAAGAGACUAGUAAAAGGAAGAAAACUACUAAACGCGAAGGCUGCCCUGUAUAUAUUAGAGCCACUGCAACAAAAUGCCAUUCGACUACAAGUGUUUUAAAUACUGAAGUAAAAUGGAUUGUCACGAAGGCUGUACUCGAACAUAAACACACAAUGCUUGAGUUGGAUGAGGUUGCAACUUUUCCACAAUACCGUGCUAUGAGCCUAAAUCAGAAAAAUCUGGUACAACAGUUGCAUGAUAAUAAUGCACCAACUCGUGUUAUAACAGCAGCUGUUAAUAAGGUUAUUAAUGGUGGUAUUAUUCUCUCAAAAGACAUUGUGAAUGAACGUGCACGUAUUAGGCUUGCUUUGAAUGAAGGUUAUAAUAACGAUUCUACUCAGAUACUACUAAGGCUUCUUGAAGAACGUGAUUAUAUGGUUGUGGCACAUAAAACAACAAAAGGAUAUCUAACUCACCUUUUCUUUUCACAUGUUGAAGCUGCUAAGUGCGUUGCCAAAUGCCCGGAGGUUCUUAUUAAAGGUGUACUAGCAUCUUAUCAAAUCGCAAUGGCCUGGAUUGAUAAUGAAAGUGAAGCGUCCUACACAUGGUUUUUGCAAACGCUUCGUACCAAAAUUUAUAAUGCUUAUGGUUGCUUACCAGAUGUUUUCAUGUCCGAUAGAGACCAAGCAUUAAGAAAUGCUUCGUCUAAAGUAUUCCCAGAGUCUAAUAAGAUGCUAUGUGUUUGGCAUCUUCUUGAGCAAAAUUUGAAAGUUAAUUGCCGUAAGCUUUUUAAAAAUGAUGAAGACUACGAGAUGUUUAAAAAAGAGGUUGAAGCUCUAAGGUUUUCUGAAUGUGAAGAAGAAAUUCCUCAGUCUCUAAAUGCAAUUAAAAAGGCUGCUGAAAAGUCACACUCUCCAGAAAAGGUAGAAUCUUAUAUUCAGACAUGGAUGAAAGAUUCGAAAUUGUGGAUAUUAGCUUAUACUAAGCAAUUUUGUCAUAUGGGAAUAUCAACUACUGGUAGAUCUGAAUCAUCACAUAGCAUAUUUAAAAGAGCAAUCGAGACAGCUAGUGAUCUGGAAAGUGUAUUUCGUCAAAUUGAUCAAGUAAUGCGUUUACAACAUCUAAAAUCAGCAAUACGUAUGGGCUCCAACAAAGUUGCGAUUGAUCCAUUUACUCUUCGUAAUCCUAUAUUUAGUGAACUAAUUGGAAAAGUAUCAACAUGGGCAAUUAAUCAAAUAAAAAAAACUAUUCAAAAAAAAAAGGAUACAGAUAAUAAUAUUGAAGAUUAUAUUAUAGAACUUCCACGCCCCUCUAAGUCGGCUAUUAUUGAUUCAGAGUUUUAUACCACUUUUGUUAAUGCCGAAGAGAAGUUUCAGCAAUUGCCUGACAAUAUUGCAAAGAACGAAUUUAUUACAAAAAUUCAACAAGUAAUGAAUGAGCCAUUAUCUGAGCCCAUCAAGUUUCUCCCCAAAAAGGUAUCUAAGUCAAGUACUAAGCGAGGAUCACUUCUUAGCGAGAAACAAGAUGCUGCUGCAAAAAAGAAAAAGAAAAUGCUGGACAGUAUAAUGAAGCCCAAAAAUAAAACUGUUCAGCAACAAAAGAUACCUUUAAACCAAACUUCUAUUACCUCUCAAUCCUCUAGUUAUAAGCUAUAUGAAGCGAAUCUUCCAAAAUUUAUGCGAGAACAUGUUUCGGCAUAUUUCAAUUCUCAUUAUAUUCAACUGUUUUUAGAAAAAGAAAAAGAAUAUAAUGAUAUAUUAUUUACGACACAAUGGGAGGCUGGUUCUUGUGGUAAAGAACAUUGGAUGUCGAUGCCAUCAUUUGGAUAUGUUAUCGCGAACACAUUUCAACGACCUGUUCAUUAUUUCAGUAAAUAUAUCUCUCUUACAUUUCUUCCUGAUAACACACCAUUAAAUCGAAAUAUAUCAAUUGCUUUCAUUUAUGUUCUUGAAAGCCAGCAUUUUGUAGCUAUAAAACUCAAGCCAAAUGUUCCAGUUCCUCCUAUUGCAAAUGGUUGGGAAAAGAUAUGUGCUAAAUCUUGUAAGAUAUGGGAAAAUUUGUUCUUAGAAAGAAUAGCUCGUUUUAAGAAAGAAUAUGAAGAUGAAUACAGAUACUUACAAAAAGUGCAAUUGAAGUUUAAAUAUUGA